AUGGAGGAAUUAAUGGUUGAACAAGUGGAGGUGGAGGCGGAUCGACCGGAGCAGAAGUUUCAAGUUCUUACAGCAAUUCAAGGGCAUGGUUUGGAACAGUAUAUUGAUUCAGAUAUAGAACCACCUUCACGGUUUAUUCAAAAUGGUGAUGGAGUUACUUCGUCGACUACUCAACAACCGAAUCCGGAGUAUUUUCACUGGAUUAAGCAAGACAAACUUAUUUCUUUGUGGUUGCUUGGAUCAAUGAGUGAAGAAAUUUUGUCGCAAAUGCUGGAUUGUCGAAUGGUCAAAGAAAUUUGGACGUUGUUAGAGUGUACGUUUGCAUCUCGAAAUUUGGCUCGAGUAAUGCAACUCAAAUCGAAGCUGGAAAAUAUGAAGAAAGGAAGUAUGAAUCUCAAGAAUUAUUUUCUCAAAAUAAAAAAUCUUGUAGAUUCUCUAGCUACUGCAGGGAAGAGACUUCCGACAGAUGAUCAUAUUAUGCACAUUUUAGCUAGAUUAGGACCUGAAUUCGAUUCCAUAGUGUCCGUCAUCUCUACUCGAAAGUCUCCUCAGUCGAUUCAAGAGCCCUCUUCGAAUGGUUUCUCCCAUGGAUUUCCUCCACAAGUUCAGUCUUCCACUGGUUUUUCAUCCUCAUCUACACCUGCUCAAAGUAAUUUUGGUGUUUUUGGAGGCUCCACUCCACAAAUGCAAGCCAUGAUGGUUGCUAAUGAUUUCAAUCGGGAUGUUACUUGGUAUCCAGAUUCCGGAGCUACGAACCACGUGACGAAUGACUUUGGGAACUUCUCUCUUGGAUCUAAGUAUCAUGGUAAUGGUAAGAUUCAAGUCGGUAAUGGAACAAAUUUGAGCAUUUCUCACAUUGGUUCUGCACUCUUACAGUCUAUUUCCGCUUCCAAUUCUUCUCAACCUGUCUUUCACUUACAAAAUUUACUUCAUGUUCCUCAAAUAGCAAAAAAUCUAAUUAGUCUUAGUCUGUUUGCAAAAGAUAAUCAUGUAUUUUUUGAGUUUCAUCCUUCUAAUUAUUUUGUAAAGGAUCUCACAACUGGACAACUCCUAUUUCAAGGGACGGUUCAUGAUGAGCUUUAUCAAUUUGAGCUGCGUAAAGCUUCAUCUCAGAAGCCUUUUUCAGUGUCUUCCACCAGUAAUAAUUCUCCAACUAUUUUCAAUUCAAUUCUUCAGUACUCUAAUUCACCUAUGUUACAUGCUCCAAUUACUUGUAAUACUUCUGUAUUGGAUAUAUGGCAUAGGCGUUUUGGCCAUUCUUUUUUUUUGCCUAUUGUUCAAACCGUUAUGAGAUCUUGUAAUAAAACUUCUACUUUGUGUCAUGUGUAUGCCAUUGGCAAAGCUCAUAAUCUUCCUUUUCCCACUUCUCAGACUGUAUAUACUACUCCCCUUCAAUUGGUUGUUGCAGAUUUGUGGGGCUCUGCUUAUGUUUCUUCUCAAAAUGGUUUUCGCUACUUUCUUAGUUUUGUUGAUUCCUAUUCACAUCACACUUGGAUUUAUUUUCUGCACAAUAAAUCUGAAGCCUUUCAAGCAUUCUUACUGUUUAAGUCUUUGGUUGAGAAAUCAUUGAAUUGUUCAAUCAUCCGUCUUCAAACUGAUGGUGGUGGUGAGUUUCGGUCUUUUGUUCCGUUUCUCCGAACUCACGGAAUUGAACACCGCCUAUCGUGUCCCUAUACUUCUCAACAAAAUGGUAUUGUAGAGCGAAAACACCGUCAAAUUGUUGAUAUAGGUCUUACACUUCUUUCACAAGCUUCUAUUCCAUUAGUCUUCUGUGAUGAUGCGUUGUUCUCUACAGUAGCUUACUUGAUAAAUCGUCUUCCAACUACUGCUUUACAUGGACUUUCUCUGUUUGAGAAGUUGUUUAGUAGGCGUCCUGACUAUUCUUUUCUUAAACCAUCUAUUUCUUCGUCUAUUUCUGUGUUACCGUUUUCUUUGCCUCCUUCCUGUGUCGGUGUUCCCUCUGAUUUACCUCCUUUGCAUUCUACCUCACAUGUUGUUGCUUCUCCUACAACAACUUCUUCUCCUUUGGUAGUAUCUUCUCUUUCGAAUGGUCUGUCUUCUCCUUUGGCACCAUCAGCUCCCACCUCUUCUCCCAUUGAUCCUACUUUAACCCCAUCCUCUCCAGUGAUUGUUCCACCUACUAAUACUCAUCCUAUGGUAACUCGGUACAAGAAUGGUAUUUCUGAACCCAAAGCUUUCUUUACAAAUUAUCUUGAGAUUGAGCCUCCACUAGUAAAAGCAGCCUUACAGUGUCUUUAUUGGGUUAAAGCUAUGAAUGAAGAGUAUGAUGCUCUUUUACGUAACAAAACGUGGUCUUUAGUUCCUCAACCGCAGGAUAAAAAGAUUGUCAGCCCCAUGGUUAAACCUAUUACCAUUCGAGUUUUGCUAACACUUGCUCUUGCUCAUGGCUGGUCACUCCGACAACUUGAUGUCAAUCGGUUUCUUCUUGAAGAAGUUCUUAUGACUCAGCCACCUGAUUUGGUAGUUCGUGGUAGUCAGAUUCCUCUUGUUUGUAAGUUACAUAAAGCCAUAUGUAUGGUAAUCACAGAAAGUUCACAAUCUGAGAUUGAUAACUUGGUGGCGGCUUUACAUACUAAGUUUUCACUUAAAGACCUUGGUGUUAUCAACUAUUUUUUGGGAAUUGAAGUGUCUCAUCCUUUUAUGGGUGGCCUAUUUUUGUCUCAAUCGAAGUAUAUUUCUUAUUUGUUGCAUAAGACUACAAUGCAUGUGUCUAAUCCUAUUGCUACACCUAUGAUAAGUGGCACAGUGUUGUCUGCUUUUAAGGGUGAGCCGUUUUCUGAUCCUCACUUGUUUCGUAGCACUGUUGGCACCUUGCAGUAUGUUACUAUCACGCGUUCUGAGUUGGCUUAUUCAGUGAACAAAGGCACUUUUGCUCAUGGUUUGUAUCUUCGAAAACCAGUUGAUUUUACUCUUCAGGGAUUUAUUGAUUCGGAUUGGGCUUCGGAUCCUGACGAUCGCCGCUCUACUUCCGGUUUUUGUGUUUAUCUUGGUGUUUCCCGCAAUUGUGAGCUUACCAACGAGGCGUCCACUUUCUAUCAUACCGUUAUCCAGUUACCGGAUAUCGAGCGUUGGGGCCCAGAUUUGGUUACGGAGCAAAACUUAGUAGAUUUUGGCUUGGCUCUCCCACAUAACCCUCCAGAAAUGUUGAGACGAAGUGCUUCCUUGUAUGAAAGAGAGCAUCGUCGAGAUGCCCGAAGUUUGGAGGCCGGCUCUGGUCGGGCUUCGGAUAUCGAAGGCCUCGACGACUCAUCAAGCUGGUCGGAUUUUGGCCUGUCAAAUCCUCACCACAGUAUCAGCACGUGGCUUAGUGAUCUCCACCAGAUUUUCAAUCGUCUGGUGGUAUUCUCGGGUUGGGUUGCUGAUGAAAUUAACCACCUCCGCUGUCAUUAUACCCCUCGGGAGAAGCUGGAACAGGCCAUUUCUUCCUUGAACCAGGCCAACAGCCUUCUGGAGGGUACCCAACGUAAGUUGGAAAUGGAGAAGAGAAAAUCUCGAGACGAGCUGGCUAACCUGCAGAGGAGACUUGACGAGGUCAACGCUCGACUCUUUAAUUCUGAAUUCUUGGCCAGAGAAUUCAAGAAAACUCAGGAGUACGUCGACCUGCAAAACUCUGCCAUGGAGUGCGGUGUUUUCUGGUUUCUUCGCCAGGUUUCUACUCAACACCCUGACAUUGACAUUUCCUUCCUCCCGGAGCGUUUUAGAGCCGAGCGUGACGCUCCUAACGACAUGGAUGACGAUGAUGACGAGUAA